CCGUGCUUCAGCCCAGGGGAAGGAGUUUCCCCCUGAGCGGGCUCACAGACGCCACCGCUGCCCCAGCCGGGGCGCGCAGCCGCUGUGGGCGCCGGGCGGCGCGGGCCGGACUGCGGCUCCCAGCAGGCCGCGCCGCCGGAAGCGGCGGCCGCCGUGACGCCAUUCCGGAGGAGCUCUUAGGGCUGCGGCGUGGCGCUGGUUCUCUGCUGAAGGAGGGGCGGACGGCGGGUCCCGGCGGCACCGGCACCAUGGCAUCCAUUUCCCUUGCUCCUGUGAACAUUUUCAAGGCAGGUGCAGAUGAAGAGAAGGCAGAAACAGCUCGGCUGUCAUCCUUUGUUGGUGCCAUUGCCAUUGGUGACCUAGUCAAGAGCACCCUGGGGCCUAAAGGCAUGGACAAGAUUCUUUUAAGUACCGGGAGAGACAGCUCUGUCACAGUUACCAACGAUGGUGCAACCAUCCUGAAAGCUAUUGGAGUUGACAAUCCAGCUGCCAAGGUCUUGGUUGACAUGUCAAAGGUUCAAGAUGAUGAAGUUGGUGAUGGAACUACAUCUGUCACAGUGUUGGCAGCUGAAUUACUGAGGGAGGCAGAAUUACUGAUUGCGAGGAAGAUUCAUCCUCAGACCAUCAUUGCAGGCUGGAGAGCAGCCACAAAGGCUUCAAGAGAGGCACUUUUGAAAGCAGCUGUGGAUCAUGGUAAUGAUGAAGUGAAGUUCCGUGAAGACUUGAUGAACAUUGCAGGAACAACUCUGUCAUCAAAAUUGCUUACUCACCAUAAGGAUCACUUCGUCAAGCUAGCUGUAGAAGCUGUUCUUAGGUUGAAAGGUUCUGGUAAUUUGGAGGCUAUCCAUGUCAUUAAGAAACUUGGUGGAAGUUUGGCUGAUUCCUACUUAGAUGAAGGCUUUUUACUUGACAAGAAGAUUGGUGUAAAUCAGCCAAAAAGAAUUGAAAAUGCUAAGAUUCUUAUUGCAAAUACUGGUAUGGAUACAGACAAGAUUAAGAUUUUUGGUUCUCGUGUUAGAGUGGACUCCACAGCAAAAGUGGCAGAAAUAGAACAGGCAGAAAAAGAAAAAAUGAAGGAGAAAGUGGAUCGUAUUCUUAAACAUGGAAUAAAUUGCUUUAUUAACAGACAGCUGAUCUACAACUACCCUGAGCAUCUCUUUGGAGCUGCUGGUGUCAUGGCUAUUGAACAUGCAGACUUUGCUGGUGUAGAACGUCUGGCUCUUGUCACUGGUGGUGAAAUUGCUUCAACUUUUGAUCACCCUGAGCUAGUAAAACUAGGAAGCUGCAAGCUUAUUGAAGAAGUCAUGAUUGGAGAAGAUAAACUCAUUCAUUUCUCUGGAGUAGCAAUGGGUGAAGCUUGCACCAUAGUUUUGCGUGGAGCCACACAGCAGAUUCUAGAUGAAGCAGAGAGGUCUCUGCAUGAUGCUCUCUGUGUCCUGGCCCAGACUGUGAAGGACACAAGAACUGUGUAUGGUGGAGGUUGUUCAGAGAUGCUGAUGGCUAAUGCUGUUGCAGAACUUGCUGUCAGAACACCUGGCAAAGAAUCUGUUGCAAUGGAGUCCUUUGCUAAGGCUUUACGAAUGAUCCCAACAAUAAUAGCUGAUAAUGCUGGCUAUGACAGUGCUGAUUUGGUUGCUCAGCUCAGAGCUGCUCAUAGUGAAGGGAAGACUACUUAUGGACUGGAUAUGAAAGAGGGGGUCAUUGGGGACAUGUCAGUUUUGGGAGUAACAGAAAGUUUCCAGGUCAAGAGACAAGUUUUACUGAGUGCAGCUGAAGCAGCAGAAAUGAUUCUUCGUGUAGAUGACAUCAUUAAAGCAGCACCAAGAAAACGUGUACCAGACCAUCGCCCCUGUUAAAUUUUCUUCAGUACCAGAGGAUGUGUGGACCAGAUCUCACCUAGUAAUUUUUUUAAUGGUCUAGUUUUUGUGAGGUUAUGGAACAGAAGCUUGAGAGAAACAGUUGGCACUGUCUUCAGUUCAUUUUUACUUACUGGAGCCUUUAUGUGUUGUGGGGAAGAAUUCACUUUCACGAGUGCAUAAACCAGGGAUUUUCAACAUCCCUAUUCAUUCUGUUCCUUCCAGGUUCCACUUAAAAUACACAGAAAUAAAAACAACAAAAAAAAUCAGAUUCCCCAAAGUUGUAUUUCUUUCUGUAGAGCCAGGAAGGGCAGCUCCAUGAGGACAGCUGUGGUGCAAAUCCUCAGCUGCUUCGGGGAGUGACUAAGCCCUCAAGGCUCGCUGGUUCAUGUUGACCUGCUGUGUUAGUGUGAGUGGUGUGUUCAGUCCUGGCUGCAUAGGUUUUGAACUGGGGUCCUAUAAAAUGGCUCUGAAGUUAGAUGGUAUCUUUUUCUAGUGAUACUGGAAUAUUACUUUUUUUUUUUUUUUUUUUUUUUUUUUUUUUUUUUUUUUUUUGGUGAUAGAAGAGAGAGAGAGUGGAUGAAGAACCUCAGUCAAUGCCCAGAACUACAACUAAGUGAUCUUACAGCUUUUUACACCACAAAUUUUACAUUCUUCUCAAGGGAGUUGAGAGGAACGUACAGUUUGGGAGGGAGUCCAACAUUCUGGACUAAACAGUCUGCAGUCUGAGUGUUGAUCUAUAAAGUAUUGGGCUGACUUUACAAACACUUGUAAUUGUGGACACUUAGCAGAAAAUGUGUCAGGCUCCAUAACAUUCACUUCCUGCCCUCUCUGCUCCACCCCUUUCAUGUCUGUUGAAUCCUGUCUUUAUAUUCACUUUCCUGUUCUAUUAGUUGCUGCAAAGGCAACAUGUUUCUUGAUUGGACUGGUUUAUUUGUGCCUAGGUUGGAAGGAAGCCUGUGAUGCCUGCGGCAGUCUGCAUGCAGAUCUGUGAGGACUGUAAGCACAGACAAGCAGGGGCCCUGUCUGUGUGGGAGCCUGCCAGGCCUUGUGACCUUUCUGGCCCUUGCAAGUGUAGUACAGCACCUGGCAAACUCCACGGCAAGUCUGCCAAAGCAGAAAGAUUAAGCUGAAAGAAGCAAGUAUGUGUGCAAAGGUUUUUCUCCCUUAGAUUUCUUAAAAUGAAGGGAAUCUGCUUACAGAAUCCUCCCCUUAACACUUGACAGAGACUCUUCAGCUCUGUGGAAGUGAUAGUGUUGUAUUGAGAGGACUGAGUGAAACACAGACCAUUGAUAAGCCAGUGAAAGUGUGCUCUUCCCCAUCCCUCAGAUAAAUACAGUACCAGCUCAGUUCUGUGGGAAUAUUUUACAAAUACUGACCUUGGAUAUUAAAAUAGCACCC